UGUCCGAUUUGCAGACAACCGUAUCCGGGGCGUGCUGGCGUUGUGGCCUCCCCGGACCGACCUGGCUGACUAGGGGACCGUCGACUCGAAGCUGUGACCGUUGUGGCCUGUGGGACACACUGUAGGCUUGUGACUGCAUCGAGGGUAGGGAAGAUACCCCGUGGCCACGUCGGAUGCUGACGAGCGAAGAGCUUGCUCUUCGAGCAUGCCCGAGAUGCUCCACCGAUUCACAGCACCUCCACUUGAAGGAACCGACCGUUGAGGCCACGACUUGUCCUCCAUCCGACACCAUGGCUGACGACAACAUGGAGGUGGAGAUCCUGGAACGCCUCGAUAAGGAGCUGGGAUUUGUGGACCCCGAGGAGGUGGACAUACCCGAAGAUCCACCCAGACCGGUCCCCUUACCGUUGGGAGCAGCGAAGGCAUUCCUCCGCCCGACGCCGAAUAUCGCCGCCGGUUGCUCCACAACACCGUCCCCAGCGCUCGGACCGGCGAGACUACCAGGGACAACACCGCCCAGGGAGAAGGUCCCAUCCAGCACCGUUGAAUCCUGGGGAAAAACCGGAGUCAGUAAAAGGUACCUGGAGACGAAAGCAAGGAUACGGAAGGGAACACAAACACAAGAGCAACAAACCGACAAAGACGAGUACCUACCCCCAAACACCAGAACCGUUGGGACUAUGGGCCCCCAGGUAUACGUAGAGCUCCGCCCGGGUUUGUGUUGGAGGUGCGGCCAGGGGGAACACACCAGAGCCACCUGUAGCAGAACCCCCACCCUGUUCUGCAGCCGCUGUGGUCUGUUGGGCACCCUCUCCCGGGAUUGUCCAUGUGGAGGUGCGAAGAAGAAAGAUCCAACACCGUCUCCUACCGGUCCAGGAAACAAGAAGCUCCGUACCGCUCCAAUUCCGAAGAAGGAAACGCUUCCCCGGAAGACCGCUCCAGGUCCAAAGAAGGAACCGCUCCCCCGGAAGACGUCCAAGAAGACGACCCAGGCCUGUCCGAGGUGCCACUAUGUGGCCAAAACCUACGACAAGAAGUCCCGUUAA